UUAAUAAUUUCUAACAUAUAUAUUAUCCCAAUACUUCAUUGACUAGAAUCGCUUACAUUUUUAUUUCCUUCUUAGCAUCAUCACCUAAAAUCAAUUAGUACAACCAUUUAUUGUCACCACCAAACCACCUGCAUCUCCAUCCAUCUUCCUCUCACCGUCUCCACCGCCAUGGACAUGCUGGACAACCCUUCAGGCCGGUCUCCGAAGCGGGAGCUCCAAGGGCCCCGCCCCACCCCGCUUAAAGUACGUAAAGACUCCCACAAGAUCAGAAAACCCCCGGUGGCGCCGCCUCCAGCAGCUCAACCCUACCACCACACCCACGCGCCCCCACGGCCGCCGGUCAUAAUAUACACAGUCUCCCCUAAGAUAAUACAUGCAAACCCUAAUGAGUUCAUGUCACUAGUGCAACGCUUGACCGGCCCAAACUCGACAUGCACCCCAUCUACCAAUUCACUCACAACCUCAUCUUCUUCGUCAGCCUUCGCUUUCCCGGACAAGGGCGGCGCAAUAUCUCCGGCCGCCCGGUUCGCCUCCAUUGAGAAAACAAAGUCGCCGGACGGAAUCAGGAAAACAGUACAGGUUCUUGAUCAAAGUAUAGGAAUAGUUGAAGGCAUAGAAAUUAGACCAGAUAUCCAGAGGACGGCAGGCCAAUUCCCAGGAAUCCUAUCUCCAAAUCCCAACACUCUUCCUCCAAUUCCACCUAAUUUUUUCUCCCCACCAUCGGAAAAUUACAAUCCCUUAAACUUUUUCCAUGACCUGAGCCCUGUGCUCCAUAGCAACAGAAACUAUAACUAUAAUCUAGACAUCUUGCCAAGUCCAUCCACGUUCAUAAUUUCACCUCAAAUCAACAUGCCUUCACCAAAUACCUUAGAUCUUUUCCAUAGUUUAUUUGACCUUUAGCCCCCUGUAUACCUGUAGACAGAAAUGGGUAGCUGUGGACUCAUCCAGCUUCAAUGGUGAGCAAGAAAGGGACUAAAUUGGAAUUUGAAGCAAGUGGCACUGCCUUCCCAUUCAGGGUAUUUAAUUCUUUUUCUUUUUUCUUCUCUUUACAGUUGAAAAUUUUUAAUUUUUGUGGGCCUUAUGAAACAGGGUCAAAUAUUAUUUUCGGCUCUUAAUUGGUAGUUUAAUUAUGAUCACACUAUAUUUUUUGUCAUGAUGUAUAUACAUAUAUAUAUAUAUAUAUAGCCUCUCAGAGCCUGGAAUUUCUAGACCAGAGAUACUAACUGAUGAAGAUUUUGCCGGUUUCUUCUUGUUUGUUUGCUCAUUUGUAAAUGUGUUCAUCACUUAGUCAAAGUUG